UCGUCGAAGCUCCUCUCAUUAAUAGUUAAGUACAAAUACCGUGUGGGUGUUCGUGGUAUUUGGACAAAGCUAGUUAAUCAUAUUGUUUGUUUGCCAACCGCCAUAAAACUCCAAAAAGAAGAAGAAGAAGAAGAAGAAGAAGAAGAAGAAGAAGAAGAAGAAGAAGAAGUGUGAAUCAUUUUGCCAAGCAAGUCAUUUUAUUCAGUUUCGAAGAGUCUUUACUGGAACAGCACACCCAACACGACGGCAUCAUGCAUGUGGGGGAGCAUUUUCGGAAUUUAUACAGAGAAAAAGAAGUUGUUAAUGGAGAAGGCAAAGGGGAAAGCAUAUCAAAGACUAGAAUUAAGAGUCUGGCUGCUUUAAAUACAGAAAUAGGUAAUAGGUCGAUUUUGACACAUUAUGUUAAAAGCACUGGAUCAAUAAAUCGGAUAUAUGGAGUUAUGAAUUACAAAAAAGAAAUUUCAGCAGAUGUGAAGUAUAUAUUGAGUAGGAAAUGAACUGGAGGCUGUAACAGAAACUGGAUCUGCGGCGAUCACGCGAUGAAAGGUGUCUGAGAGUAACGCUGCACAUUUAAUGGAGGACUGUUUCCUGAUCCCAGAAGAGUAGAUUACAAUGCCGACUGUUCUCUGUCUGUGCCUGCUGUUUUUCCUGCCGUCUGGCCUGUCUGGUGAACACUUCAGUUAUUCAUCUUUGACGGGACCGCUGGGCGGCAGUAUCACUCUGCCGUGUAAUUACAGCGACGCAGAGGAUUUCUCCCCUGUUCUGACAUGUGGGAUCCAAACUGCUUAUGGUACUGGUCAGAGUAAAUACUACGAGCACCGCGUGCUCAAGACUGGCACCUGUGACCUCACUCUGCACGACUUGAAGACCACCGAUGCUGGCAGAUGCCAUUUAAAAGGUUAUGUCAACGAUCAACUACUAAGAAGCUACAUUUUUGACAUCUCUAUUGAUGUUCCUUUAACAGCACGUAUAGGUGAAGAGGUGAUGUUUGAUGAUCUGCCGCGUGAUGCUGAGAGCGUCAAGCAUUUAUCAAACACCAGCUCGAUAGAUGUGUGGAGGAGAGAGCAGGGUGUCCUGACUGAUCGACUGAUGGACAAGGAUGGUCACCUGAUCAUUAAAAUCUUCAGAUUAAGAGACGCUGGGACAUACAGAGUCCUGAACUCAACAGGAGGAGUCCUGGUCACUGUGACGCUCACAGAAUGGAGUACAGCAUCAAAGGACAAACAGGACAGCACACGUCAUGAUAACACUAAAGUCACGGCGAGAGAUCGUAAGUAAAACAGGAGCCAUCGAGAGCUUUACGAAAUUAGUAAAAAAAUAAAUGUA